AUGUGGGAAAGGGGAAAAGGAAAAGCUCUGGUCACUUUAGUAGUUAUUUUUUAUUUUUUCCAAACUUGCUUUUCGGACAUUAACAGAGCAAGUUUUCCAAAGGGCUUUGUUUUUGGGACGGCUUCGUCUGCUUUUCAGUACGAAGGAGCUGUAAAAGAAGAGGGAAGGGGUCUUUCUAUUUGGGAUACUUUUUCACAUACUCCUGGUAACUUUUCACUUUGUUCCCAAGGUAAGAUAAGUGAUCAUAGUAAUGCAGAUGUUGCUGUGGAUCAGUACUACCGUUAUAAUGAAGAUGUACAACUUCUUAAAGACAUGGGAAUGGAUGCUUAUAGGUUUUCAAUAAGCUGGUCUAGAAUUUUUCCUAAUGGAAGUGGGAAAAUCAAUCAACCAGGAGUUGAUCAUUACAAUAAUCUCAUCAAUGCCUUACUGGCCAAAGGGAUCGAGCCUUACGUAACCCUAUACCACUGGGACCUCCCUCAAGCAUUGGAGGACAAAUACAGAGGAUGGCUCGAUCGUCACAUCAUCAAGGACUUUGCAGUGUUUGCUGAGACAUGCUUUGAGAAAUUUGGUGGGAAAGUGAAGCAUUGGAUCACCUUCAACGAGCCUCAUAUAUUCUCCGUACAAGGCUACGACUUCGGUUUGGAGGCGCCCGGGCGGUGCUCUUUCUGCAGGGCUGGAAGCUCAGCCACGGAGCCUUACAUAGUUGCUCAUAACGUUCUCUUGUCUCAUGCAACUGUUGCAGAUAUUUAUAGGAAAAAGUACAAGCCUAAACAGAAAGGCUCCAUUGGGAUAUCUCUUGAUGUUACGUGGUAUGAACCAGCAUCAAACUCCACGGCAGAUGUUGAAGCCACUAAAAGAGCCCAAGAUUUUCAGCUUGGCUGGUUUCUUGACCCCUUGAUCUUUGGGGAUUAUCCAAAGUCAAUGAGAGAGAGAGUAAGAAAAAGGCUGCCAGUCUUUUCAAAAUUUGAGGCUUCACUAGUCAAAGGGUCCUUGGAUUUUGUGGGCAUUAACCAUUACACUACUUACUACGGUUGGAACCGGACAAUGGCACUUAACGACACUGUGCAAGACUCUGGUGCCCUAACAAUUCCAUUAUCAGCAGAUGGAAAAAUUAUCGGAGACAGGGCAAACUCUAUAUGGUUGUACAUAGUACCUGAAGGCAUGAGAAAAUUAAUGAACUAUAUCAAACAAAAGUAUGGAAAUCCUACAGUUAUUAUUACUGAAAAUGGAAUGGACGACCCAAAUGACACGAAGAUUGCCAUUAAACAAGCUUUAAAGGAUGAUAAAAGGAUCAAGUACCAUAAUGACUAUUUAACGAAUUUGCUAGCUGCUAUCAAAGAGGAUGGAUGCAAUGUAAAAGGGUAUUUUGUAUGGUCUUUGUUGGAUAAUUGGGAGUGGGCUUCUGGAUACACAUCUAGGUUCGGCCUAUUUUUUGUUGAUUACAAAGACAAGCUCAAGAGAUACCCAAAGAAAUCAGUCCAAUGGUUCACAAACUUUUUAACCUAA